GAGGGUAUGCACGAGGCUUGGUUGGUAGGCGCUGACGCUUCUCCACUUGGGUCGGCUUCCCAUGGCCCCCGAUUUUUUCCACUACCGUCGAAUGAGGCUCGCCUUUUUCUCUCCAAACCAUCCUCCUCUCUUCUCAGACGACGCGCCGCCUUCCUUCCUCGUUACCAUGUCGAUGGCGGCGGCGGCGGCGGCGGCGGCACCGGCAGUGGCCGCGAGGGCCUCCAAGACUUCCAUCUAUUCCCAGGAAACCCGCUCGCCUCUCUCCAACCCCAAUCUCCGAUUCCCAACCCGCCCCUCCUUCCCGAAAUACCCCUCCUUUUCCCGAUGUGCCCCCGAGCCCCUCUUCCUCUCCACCUCUCCCCGCGCUGCCGUCGCCGCCUCGUCCCCCGAGCCCCUCUUCCUCUCCACCUCUCCCCGCGCUGCCGUCGCCGCCUCGUCCCCCUCGCCAACGACCUUCCAUGGUCCCUGCUACGUCCUCGGCGACAACAUCGACACCGACCAGAUCAUCCCAGCGGAGCACCUGACCCUCGUCCCCUCCAAGCCGGACGAGCACCGCAAGCUCGGCUCGUUCGCCCUCUCCGGCCUCCCCUCCGCCGCCUACACCGUCCCCUUCGUCCCCUCCGGCGCGGCUUCCACCCCCUUCCCGGUCGUCAUCGCCGGCGCCAACUUCGGCUGCGGCUCCUCCCGCGAGCACGCCCCCGUCGCCCUCGGCGCCGCCGGUGUCCUGGCCGUCGUCGCGGAGCACUACGCCCGGAUCUUUUUCCGGAACUCCGUCUCCACCGGCGAGAUGUUCCCCUUGGAGUCCGAGGAGACGGGGAUCUGGAAGGAGUGCACCACCGGGGAUAUCGUGACCGUAGAUCUCGACGGGAUCCGGCUGAUCAACCACACCACGGGGAAGGAGUACCGGUUGAAGCCGAUCGGAGACGUGGGGCCGGUGAUUGAGGCUGGGGGAAUCUUCGCCUACGCGAGGAAGACCGGGAUGAUCGCUUCGGCAUCGACGGCUUAGGGUAAAGGUGGGAUCUUUCUUUCUUUCCAGGCUACUUUUUGCAUGGAAAUUUAGGAGAAGUACUGAAAUGAAAUGGGCAUUAAGUUUGGCAUAAAUAAAUCCGCUUCUGGAGCAAAUGGAUAUCUCGUUUCAUUAUUGAUAAUUAACAUUGGACAUUAGGUUACGACUUUGUCUUGAUUUUUUUUUCUUAUGUUGAUUGUGGAAGAUGAUUGUCUCAUUUGAUUAUGCUCUGGUCGUUAAAAUAUUUAUUUUGUGUUUCA